UUUUAGAUGGAUAAGCGUAUAGAAUUGGAAUUACGAGGACGGGAUCCAUCUGAGGUAACCGAACUAAACCUUGAUAAUUGUCGGGCGACUGCUGUCAGCGGUCUUACGGAGGAUUUCAAGAGUUUGGAAACACUUUCAAUGAUCAAUGUUGGAUUAACUUCACUGAAAGGUUUACCACCACUACCUUCUCUUCAACGAUUGGAUUUAUCGGAAAAUCGAAUUUCCGGUAAUCUGGAUCAAUUGUUAUGUUGCCCGCAUAUAGAAUACCUCAAUUUGGCUGGCAACAAAAUCAGUACAUUGGAAGUUCUGGAACCACUGAAAAAACUUGAGGAACUGAGGUCACUGGAUCUUUUUGGCUGCGAAUUAGCUACAUCUGAUGACUACAGGAAAAAUGUGUUCGAGACGUUACCUAACCUGAAAUAUCUCGAUGGUUAUGACAUCAAUGAUGAGGAAGCAGAAUCCGACAGUGAAAUCCUGCAGGAAGGCGGUGAUGACGAAGAUGACGAUGAUGGUGUUGGUGAUGGAUUGGACGACACCGAUAACGAUGAUGAGGGCAAUGAUGAUGAGGAGGACUCCGAUGUCGGUUUGGAUUAUUUGCAGAGUUCUACUGUGAUGCAGGAUGAAGAUGAGACGGAAGAUUUCGCUCCAGGAGAUGAGGAAGAAACGGAUGAAGCGGGCAGUCCACGAGGUGUGAAACGGAAACAUGAGGAAGAUGAUGAUGAUGAUGAAAACGGUGAAGGUGCAAAACGAGAAGCGUAGAAUUACACUGUUCCACUGCAAAUGGCCACGUAACACUUUUCAUUAUCCGAAGAAAAUCCGUAGAAAAUUGAAUUUUUUUUAAUAUUUGAAGACUAAGUACUUCUCCUGCAGAUUCCCAGAAUGUUUCGGAUAUUAAUAGGAAUUGAUAUGAUUCGUUUUCUUCCCAGCAGGAGACCAAUAAAUUGCGGGAAAAUCGAAAAUUGCUACAUUGUGCCAUCACGAAUGCAAUCUCAUUAUCUGUUUAUUUGUUUGCUGUUGUAAAUGCAAUAAAAUGUUCUUUUUAAAAUAUAUUCCUUGCAUUGUUAUUCAGAAAUGAUCUUAAACUUCACGUCCAUUUAUUCUAUUUUUAUAUUUUUUGUUAAAUUCAUCCGUUUCAUCUUUAAUAUUGACCUUAUUUAUGGUUUAUAACACUUACCUCAAUAUAUGAUAUAUGAUCAUGAUUACGAUUACAAAUCAACGAUUAUAAUUAUUACACCUACAAUGCCAUACUACACUUUUUUGUUCCCGCUCUCUUUCCCAAGUAGAAAUUUAUUAAUGCAUCAGAAAAGUUUCCGAUUUUACCCUCUUGCAAAAAGUGAUUCAUUUUGAAAAAGUCGACAAAAAAAAUGAAAUUGGAUUUUGUUGUUUGUUUCGGUUCACUAUGUUUUAGCAUUUGGAAAUUUCUCACGAAAUUUUGAAAUUUUGACGAGAUUUUGUAAUAUCUUCACUUUCCUUUUUUUUCCUUAUUUACUUUUUUAACGUAUCUACUCUCAUUUCUGACAUUUAUUACCACGAAAAUUGAAAGUAAUAGAUCAGAUCAUUUUCCGGUUUGUAUUUCGUGAUGAAUUGUUCUAGUAUUUUCCCACAAAUGUCCAG